CAACAUUUACCACCUAUCACUAUAUAUGGCAUAGUCCGCCAGCGUCACAGUAUCAUUCACCAGGUCAUCUUCUAAGACAACCAGCAUCAUGAAAUUGUUUAUGUGCCUAUGUGCGCUUGUAGCGGUCGUGAUGGCCGGCAAGGGUGAGAAGCGGGAAAAGCGUGGCUUAUUGGGACAAUAUAGCGGCGGCUACAGUGGAGGAUACAGCGGUGGCUUCAGCGGUGGUUCCAUCGGCGGUUACAGUAGUGGAGCUGCCAUCAGCUACUCUGCGCCUGUGGUAGCCCAACGUGUAGUGUCCGCGCCCAGGGUUGUCGCUGUCAACAGGGUGGUCAACGUGCAGCGCGUCGUCUCCGUACCGCAAGUUGUCAACGUACGUAAGGUGGUGUCUGUGCCUCAAGUGGUCACCGUCAGGAGGGUCGUAGCCGCGCCAGUCGCGUACUCCUCCGGCGUCAGCUACGGAGCCCUCGGAGGCUACUCUGGAGGCCUGGGCGCAGGCUACAGCCUCGGCGGACAAUCCAGCUAUGGUUACUCUGGAGCUUCCCUCAACUCUAACGGCUGGUGGUGAUCUGAAUAGUCGUGUAUCUAGUCAAUAUGUUUUUAGAACUUAUUUCUUAGGUAAUAAAUAAACGAUUUUAAAUUA